AUGUUGGGGGAGCUUGACUAUGAGAGCAGGGGGUGGCUCUGCGUGAACAGCGGUUUGAAGGAGGCCAAGAGAGCACACGCAGGAGUUAUGACGCUUGUGAGGGCCGACUUCGUGGAUCGAGAUACAUUGCGCUUCCAUCAUGUGAUUCCAGGGCAUCUUCUUCAUGUUCAGGUCCGUAGCAAAGGUGGGUGGCUGAGCCUCUUGAACAUCUACCAGUUUUGUUGGGGACGGGAGACGGAAGAUCAGGCAGUGAUGCAAAAACGGACCCCGGUCUGGAAAGCGCUACGUGCCACACUCGGACACAUACCCAGCACUCAUUUUCUCAUGAUUGGCGGCGACAUGAACACGGUCACAAAACCUCAAGCUCCGCGACUAGGUACUGGCAUGCUGAAGGACAAGGUGCCUUCGCCCGACGCCGAGGCCAUGAUCGACAUCAUGCUUGACUUUGAUUUGAUUGCGCCAAACACUUUCGGCAGGAUGCAGACGUACACGUACAUCCAUGACGGGUACCAGCAGGCCAGAAAGUCGUUUGUCGACUACAUUCUGACUCGCAGAUCGGGCGGCACACCCAGCAAGGUCACACAUCUUCGGCAGUUUCCAGUCGCUCGGUGGAGGCAGGGUGGUAGGCAUCUUCCUGUUCGAGUGCAUUUCACUUUGUCCCCCUACAAGAAGCACCAAUCAGCGCAGCAAGCAGCAUGGCCGGGGUGGAAACGGCAAGCCCUGUGCAAGCUCCUGAAGGAAAAUGGAGAGAUUCGCAUGCAGUACUCCAUGAAAGUGGAGCAGGCCCUGCAACAGACGCACACACAAUACGACCCCACUGACCUGAAUAAGAUCCUGCUCAGGGUGGCUGAUGAAACUUUUCAACUUCGGAGGCCGAGCAGCAGGCCACCGCAAUGGGCGCAACGGCCACAUGUGAUGAGCGUCAAGAACAUGUGGGCGGCAUACAGACAGAUGAAGGCUCAGUCGCGCAACAUGCGUGGGAUCAUUCAGGCGUGGCGCAAGUAUAAGGAGUUCAUGCAAAUGCACAAAGCUUUGCAAAAACAGAGUCGUCGACUUCGCAGGGUACGUAUGGAUGACAUCAUCAGAGAGGCCGAGGUCAAGAAGCGAGCACAACUUCGAGCCGAGAGUGGACGACUGUUGGAGCCGGCAGAGGAGGACUGGCCCGCGAUUGGACCAUGCAUGCACUUUUCCAGGGACGAAAUUCAAGGCUGCGGCGAAACCAGUUGCCGACUUCGUUGCAGAGGUAGUGGGAACAUCGUACGGGAGAAAGCCAAAGCCCAAGGGCGAUCGUUAUACGAACUUCGGGCAGGCAUUCCCAGACGAG